AUGUUGCCCCGGACAGCUCGAUCGCCUUGCUGGCGUACUACAACGCCGUUUAUACAUCCAGCUCGCGUUGUUCCGCGCUCAACCCCGUGGAGGCCUGCUUACUAUGGCUCGCAAUUUCGAGUAUUCACAUCGAGUCAGAGUCCGUUGCGGAGGCAAGUAGCAGGGGAUAAACCUACGACAAUUACGAACACCGAAACCGCGGCGAAAGCGACCCCGGAUGAAAAGGGUAGCAAAAAUGCGACGGCUACAAAGAAUAAGGACCUACUGAGUGAGGCAAAUAUGGGGGUUAAAGAGCAGCGCAAGGCUGACUGGGCUAUAAUGAAGGAGAUGGCGAAAUACCUUUGGCCGAAGGAAGACUGGGGUACCAAGCUUCGUGUUGGUAGUGCAUUAUCACUGCUUGUUGGGGCGAAGAUCCUAAACGUCGAGGUACCAUUCUACUUCAAGAGCAUAGUCGAUUCGAUGAACGUGGACUUCGCAGCCCUUGGAGGAACUGCUUAUACUGUUGCUGGGUCAAUGAUCAUAGCUUAUGGUGUCACUAGGAUUGGAGCAACGCUAUUCCAAGAACUGCGAAACGCAGUGUUUGCUAGUGUAGCCCAAAAGGCCAUUCGCAGAGUCGCGGGGAAUGUCUUCGAACAUUUAUUACGGCUGGAUCUCAACUUCCACCUUACCCGCCAGACUGGUGGACUUACGAGAGCGAUUGAUCGUGGUACCAAGGGUAUCAGCUUCCUGCUGACAUCUAUGGUGUUUCACAUUGUUCCCACAGCUUUGGAGAUCUCGCUUGUCUGUGGUAUUUUGACUUACCAGUACGGUGCGCAAUUUGCGGCUAUCACGACUGCCACGAUGCUUGCAUACAGUGCUUUUACAAUCACUACUACUGCCUGGAGAACCAAGUUCCGCAAGCGAGCCAACGCAGCAGAUAAUCGCGGUGCGACAGUGGCUGUUGAUUCCCUGAUCAACUACGAGGCUGUCAAGUACUUUAACAAUGAGAAGUUCGAAGCCGCGCGGUACGACAAGGCUCUGAAGACUUACGAAGAAGCAUCCAUCAAGGUUACAACGUCUCUGGCUUUCCUCAACUCCGGUCAAAACAUGAUCUUUUCCAGCGCUCUUGCCGGUAUGAUGUACCUCGCUGCCAACGGAGUGGCUGAAGAGGCCUUGACUGUUGGUGAUCUAGUCAUGGUCAACCAGCUCGUCUUCCAACUCUCGGUUCCACUGAAUUUCUUGGGCUCGGUGUACCGUGAGCUGCGCCAGUCGUUGCUGGACAUGGAGACCUUGUUCAACCUGCAAAAGGUCAACGUGAACAUCAAAGAACUUCCCAACGCGAAGCCGCUUGAGGUCAAGCGCGGAGGUGAAAUUCGCUUUGAGAACGUGACAUUCGGCUACCACCCCGACCGGCCCAUCCUGAAGAACGCUAGCUUUACAAUCCCUGCUGGUCAGAAAUUUGCUAUCGUGGGACCCAGCGGCUGCGGCAAGUCGACGAUUCUGAGGUUACUUUUCCGGUUUUACGAUGUUCAAGAGGGUCGUAUUCUGGUUGACGGUCAGGACGUGCGCCAUGUGACUUUGGAUAGUCUCCGGAGGGCAAUUGGAGUCGUUCCGCAGGAUACGCCUCUGUUCAAUGACACGAUCGAGCACAACAUUCGCUACGGCCGGAUUGAUGCAUCGGAUGAGGAAGUCCGUAGAGCCGCCCAGCGCGCUCAGAUUCACGAACUAGUCCAGAGACUCCCCGAUGGCUACAAGACUGCCGUUGGUGAAAGAGGCAUGAUGAUUUCUGGUGGUGAGAAACAGCGGAUGGCGAUAUCUCGUCUGUUGCUGAAGGACCCUCAGAUGUUGUUCUUCGAUGAAGCGACUUCCGCCCUCGACACAUACACCGAACAGGCUCUGCUGCAAAACAUCAACAGCAUUUUGAAAGAAAAGGGCCGCACAAGUGUCUUUGUUGCCCACCGGCUACGAACCAUCUAUGACUGCGACCAGAUCUUGGUGUUGAAGGCAGGCGAGGUUGCCGAGUCGGGAUCGCACCGUGAACUCCUGGAGCGGAAUGGUAUCUACGCUGAGUUGUGGAGUGCGCAAGAAACUUCCCUGGCAGAGGAUGUGGAGCCUGAUGGGCUCGAGGAGAAGAGUGAGAGUACCCCGGAUCGUAGAUAG